CUCAAAGGAGCAUCUUGGUCUGACUUGCUAAAGAUUUCCCCUACUUUACAGAGUAAAAAUGGUGGAGUACAGUGUGACUGUGUACACUUCUGCUCGUCAAUUUUCUGACACUUCUGACUAUGUCUACAUCACGUUGGUGGGCACAGAUGAUGAGAGUGAACAAACUCAAAUACCAAAUUCUGUGCUCUAUGGUGUAGGAUCAGAGUUGACUUUCACUGUUUCCUGUGCCUCUUCCAUUGGAGAACUGGAGCUAAUAAAACUAGACAAACAGAAUUUUCUCAUGAAUGAAGACUCCUGGUUCCCUGACAAGGUUGUUGUCAAAUCCCCUGAGGAUGAGACCUUUACCUUUCCUGUUUACCGCUGGAUUACUGACACCAAGGCGCACUACUUCAAAGAAGGAAAUGCUCGUACAGUUCAAGAAGAUACGAGCGCUUGUGGCAAGAGUGCUCGAGAGAGGGAGUUAAAGGAGCGUGAAAAAAACUAUUGCUGGUACUCGUAUAAAGAGGGAAUACCUCACUGCAUCAAGGCAGAUGACCCUUGCGAACUGCCUCCUGAGAUCACUUUCUCCUACACCAAGAAAAUGGGGUUUGCCUUCACUACGAUCACAGGCUGGUUAUCAUCAAAGUUCAAGGGACUCAUUGAUUGUGACAAAAAAUGGACAAAUGUUGAGAAGAUCACUCAUGUAUUCAACAGCAGAAGGACUGAAAUCGCAGAGCAUGUCCACGGACUUUGGAAGACCGAUUACUUCUUUGGCUACCAGUUUCUAAAUGGUGUCAAUCCCAUGAUGAUCAGACGCUGUAUGGCCCUGCCUGAUAACUUUCCUGUCCCUGACAACAUGGGCCUUCUGGAUGGUCAGGGUAGCUUGGAUGAGGAAAUGAAGAAAGGCAACAUAUUCCUGUGCGACUACAAGAUUUUGGAUGGAGUACCAGCAAAUGUCAUCAAUGGGAAGAAACAGUACCUGAUGGCUCCACUCGUCCUGCUCCACAAAACGCAAGAUAGAAAAAUGAUGCCAAUUGCUAUUCAGCUGAAGCAGAAACCAGCAGAAGACAACCCAAUCUUCUUUCCAACUGAUUCUGAGUACGACUGGCUGCUGGCAAAGAUCUUUGUGAGAAGUGCAGAUUUCAAUAUGCAUCAACUCAACACUCACCUGCUGCGCACUCACCUGCUGGCUGAGGUCUUUGCAGUGUCGCUGCUGCGCAACGUGCCCAUGGUGCAUCCCCUUUACAAGCUUCUCAUACCCCACACUCGCUACACUUUGCAUAUCAAUGUGUUAGCUCGACAAUCACUGAUAUCUCCUGAUGGGGUUUUCACCAAGUUUGCUGCUUGUGGUGGAGAAGAAGAGGGAUUGUUCACAAUCCUGAAGAGAUCCCUGUCCUCACUGACCUACAGCUCCCUCUGUAUACCGGAUGACAUUGCCGAGCGUGGGCUGGAAGACGUCCCAAACUUCUACUACAAGGAGGAUGGCAUAAAACUUUGGGAGGCUAUCCAAAACUUUGUCAAGGGAAUUCUCAAGUACUACUAUAAGACUGAUCGUGAUGUUGAAAAUGAUCCUGAACUGCAGAAGUGGAUCGGAGACAUUUUUGAACAUGGGUUCCUUUCACAGUCAAGUACAGGAAUCCCUCAAAAAUUCAGCACUGUGGAUGAGCUGAUCAAGUUUGUCACCAUGGUGAUCUUCACUGGCUCAGCUCAGCAUGCUGCUGUGAACUCUGAACAGUAUGACUAUGGUUCCUGGAUGCCCAACACUCCAGUCUCCCUGCAACUUCCCCCUCCAACCAAAAAAGGGGAAGCAACUGAGGAAACAAUGCUGGCAACAUUCCCCGAUGUCAACACAACAGUUCAAGGGAUGGACACCAUGUUUCUGCUGACCAAGCAAUCUUCUGACUCUGUCCUUCUUGGUCAAUAUCCUGAGGAACACUUCACUGAGAAAAUUCCACGUGAGAAGAUAAAGGAAUUCCAGGGAAACUUGGAGGUGCUGAGCAUGGGUAUCAAUGUUAGGAACAGGAUGCUUAAGGUCCCCUACACAUACAUGGAUCCCAAGAAGGUAGAGAACAGUGUGGCCAUCUGAAAAUUAAAAGAUGGAGCCUUCUCAGCUUUUCACCAAAUUCUGAUUCAGAAACGUCUGACCUAAAAAAGAAAAAAAACAAUUGCAUUGCUAUAUGAACUUUUAUUAUCUUACUGUUAUGUCUUUGCUGUGCAGUACUCUCAUUGAAAACUAAAACUGGAAUGUGAUGUCUUUACUUUCAUGUAAAUCUUUAAGCAAAAUAAAUAAUAGAAAAAAAAGGUUUUCCUGUCAAAGACAGCUAUUAAGUGUAAUUGAUUAAUUUCUGGCAAACAAUUUAUUGUCAUUUGAGCAAUUACAGACAUUUUAGGUCUUCAGCUUUGGGAUUAAACUGA